UCUGCCUCAGUCACCCCAUGGCUGACCCUACUCGUUCUGCUUUGUUCAACAAGAAAUGGCGCCUGCAUCUGUCGUCCUGGAUCACAGCAGUGAUGAAGAAAAUACUUCUCUUAUCUACGCUGUGCUACCGCCGCUUAUCAAAAACUCCAUGCCAAAGGUGCGCUCUUUGCGCCGUUCGCUGUCGGGCUACAACCGUGCAGCUGCAUUAGUCGGUCAUGUAAGGAGCUCAAGCACAGAGAGCUCAAGACCUGGCUCAGCAACCCCUCCUCCGCCCUAUCAGGAGCCUAUCGCUUCCCUCACAUCAGUCUUGUCUGAUAUGGACUUUCAAGAAACUCCGCCGACGUCCCCCAGUUCGCUACCUAUUGAUGCACCUGUCCUUGUGCAUGAUGAGCGAGCAGGAAUCAGAUGGGAAUUUGCGCGUCAAGGCUUGAGCCUUCUCCAAGGCUCUUCAAGUCUUUCCUCCAAUCCAGACUUUAGUCGUCAAUUAUACGUUGACGCUGCGAGUUAUGUUCUCAGAGGUCUACCACACAAUCUGUCCAAAGAGGAAACGCUGCGGCUUCGAGCUGCGAUGCCGUCUGACAUGAUCCCACCGCAGCAGCCUACCAAUGGAGUCCUCAUUCGAGGCCAGUCAUAUGACAACCAGGUCGCACAACCAGAAAAAGACCCAACAAUACUCCAUCGUGCAGUAGCAAUGGUCGUGUUACAAGUCUUCUUCCUUCUAUCCUUUCUCUGGCCUUAUGUCCAGACAACAUGUCGUGGUGCAUAUCAGUAUGAACGAGAGCAUCACAUCUCAGAGAAACUACUCAACCAAUCAUGGACUACCGCCAAUGCCUUGAGCAAGAACACAAUGACGGUCGCCAGAACAGUUUGUAGCUGGAACGACGGCCAAGUGGGCACGGCUCUUGAAAAAACUAUCUUUUGGUGGGUUCAAGGUGUUACUGGUGGUCUGCGUGAUGGCAUGAAGGAUGGUAUGGAAGCGUUCGGCGUCAAGACUGUAGAUCACCGGGACAAGCGACCUGCCCGUGCAUGAAUUUUUUACGACUUUAUACAUGAGACUUAGAUGAUGAUUUAGAAUAUAGAUAAUGUAACGAUCGAUGCCAUUGCA